GGGAGAUCACCGUAACUAAUAGAAGAGAAACCCCUCGGCUCCCCCUUUUCCUCUUUGUCUCUCCGGCUGCUGAGCUGCCGAAGGUCUCCCUCCGGCCAUCACCCUCCGCUGAAUCUGCGGCCUUUUGCCGAUUUCUGGUUAGUAUUAACUGUGAGUGAAUUCGUUGUUGAAGCUUCUCUGAAGGUUUUCAUGGCGGAGGAGCCACAGCUGCUUGCUUAUGUCCAUGAGGCGGUGCUAAAGAAGAGAAAAAACAAUGAAGAGUGGGCUAUCAAGAGGAGGGAGCAAUUGGAUGCACGAAAGAAAAGAAACAAAGAGGACUUGAAACUUGCCAUCAGAAGGCCCGAGGAGUUUGUCAAGGAAUACCGUGAUAAAGAAUUGGACCACAUUCGGAUGAAACAAAGACUGAAGCUGUGGAAAUUACCUUCUGACAGUCUUAAAUCUGAUUUACUUUUUGUUAUUCGUAUUCGUGGCUUAAAAGAUAUGCAUCCUAGGACCCGAAAAAUCUUGAACUUGUUGAGGUUGAGACAUAUUUUAAGUGGUGUAUUUGUGAAGGCCAAUGAAGCGACUUUGAAAAUGUUACUCAGUGUAGAGCCAUUUAUCACCUAUGGCUAUCCUAACUUGAAGAGUGUGAGGGAGUUGAUCUACAAGAAGGGCUGUGGAAUGAUAGAUAAGCAGAGGGCUCCUCUCACAAAUAACAAUGUCAUUGAGCAGGCACUUGGAAAGUAUGGCAUCAUCUGUAUUGAAGAUAUCGUGAAUGAGAUUGCUAAGGUGGGAUCACAUUUUAAAGAGGUGACCAAAUUCCUGUGGCCAAUCAAGCUUAAAGCCCCUGAGAGACGUCCGCUGUUGACGAAAAAACCCUACAAGGAUGGUGGUGAUUCAGGCAAUCAUGAAGAGAGCAUCAAUGAACUCAUAGAUAAGUUGAAUUAAGGUAGUAUUGGGAGAUGCAGUAACAGCAUUCACGUGAUGUCGCUUGACUAUCAUCAAUAGUCUUAAAAUUUUGUGAUUGAGAGUAGAGAUCUUUUCAUAUGUUGAGGGUAGUUGAACAUAUAUUCUCUGAUCCAUUAUUCAUUUUAAUCUUAGGACUCGUUUGGUUUGUGGAAA